ACAGGCAUUUGUGUGGGUUUAGAUGUCAGGAAGCUUUAAACAUCUAUCAAAAGCUCUCAUUAAAGCAGUACAAUACAGGUUGGGUUCUUUCCCAGGUUGGGAAAGCAUAUUUUGAGCUUGUAGAUUACUUAAAUGCUGAUUAUGCCUUUAGUCUUGCACGCCAAAUAUCUCCUUACCAUCUGGAAGGGAUGGAUGUAUACUCCACAGUUCUUUAUCAUUUGAAGGAAGAUAUGAAAUUGAAAUACCUAGCUCAGGAGCUGAUAUCAGUUGACCGUUUUGCUCCACAAUCCUGGUGUGCUAUUGGAAACUGCUACAGUCUGCAGAAGGAUCAUGAAACUGCACUCAAAAGUUUUCGGCGAGCUGUGCAGCUGAAUUCUAGAUUUGCAUAUGCUCACACUCUUUCUGGUCAUGAGCAUGUUACUAUGGAGGACUAUAGAGAUGGAGUGGAGUGCUACCAGAGAGCUCUCCGUGUAGAUGCAAGACAUUAUAAGUCAUGGUAUGGUCUUGGGAUGAUAUAUCUUCGCCAAGAGAAAUUUGAAUUUGCUGUGCACCAUUUUCGCCAAGCUUAUCAGAUUAAUCCUCAUUCUUCAGUUAUCAUGUACUAUUUGGGAACCACUUUAGAAGCAUUAAAGGUUUGGCCAAUUAUAUGUUAUCAUUUCUACACCUAAAUAUGAUUUUGUUUCUAACCUGACUCCUUGACCUAAUCUGUUUUUGUAUGAUGAACUGUUAUGCAAUACUCAGCAUAUGCAUCUUACAGAUGUUUGACAUGUUUAAAUGUAUGUCGAUUACACAGGCUGCCCCUCUUGGUCUAUCAUGCUGCUGUGGUCAUAUGUGUUCUCUUUUGUGUAAUUGGCUGUGGUUAAAACUUUUUUGCAUCUUCUCCAAGAAGAGUUUUAAGUUCAUCUACUUUUUACAUUUUAUAGUAAGAAACCAGAUAUAAUUGCUAGGGGUGAG